AUGAGAGAUGAAUGUAGUUUAUCGCGAAAGGAGAUAGCUUGCAUGGCUGGUGUAGGUCGUGGUCCGAAUGGUGUCGGUGAACUACAAGUGCUUUUAUCCAACAACAGUACCAGUAGCGCCGAUCGUUGGUAUACUGUGGAGCAGUUCGAAAAAGAACAUGUUAUUGAAAUAUUGGAAAAGCUUGAAAAAGGUCAUUUAGAUGAUGAUUUAUGGGGUAAAAUUAUUUUGAUGGAAAAAUGCAGACGUCUUGUGAAAAUAUAUCUUAGGAAGGCGACAUUGAUAAUCGAUGGUAGUAACGAUGAAUACGAUGGUAUCACACUUGGCUUUAAUCAUUUUGAAAAUUUUGAUCAUGAUAAGGAUAGCAAUGAUAUUAGGGAUAAAAUUGGCGAUGGUGUAAUUAUAAAGAUAGAUGAAAAUGGGAAUAUUAAAGCUAUGGCACGAGGUUUAGCUCCGGUAAUUGUGCAAGGAUGGAAUGAUCCGACAUCUAAAUGUAUUCCCAAACAAUUGAUCGCUCAGAAAGGUCGUCUGAAAACUAUAAAAGAUCGCCUUAAGGGUAUUACUGAUCAACAACGAGUUGAAAAAAUAUUUGAUAUGCGGCUGUUUAAUUGGUCAAUUGAGCAAGAAUUAAAACAAUCAAAACCAAAUACGUUGAAACUUUUAUUGAAAAGUUGUAUUCGAAUAUCAUUGGUAAAAGAUGUUGGAAUGAGUGCUUUAAAAACUCCUUGUUGGUUUAUGAUUGUUAAUUUAGUAGCAUUGGAUGUAUUACGCAGCAAAUUACCUAUUCUAAGCUUAAUAACUGGCACACAACAUUUUUCAUCUCAAAAUAAUAAUGUCGUAUUUUCGACACCAUCGGCAACGCAAUCCAAUGUAACACUGAAUGAAAUAUUUCCAUCAUAUCGAAGACAAAUGUCAAUGGAUAAUUCCGGAAAACGGUUUGAAUCGUUACCGGCACCUGAUGGAAACAGGCAAUUGAUGAAGCUUGCUGAUAUACAGCAAGAGAAACCUUCAGUAUCACAAAAUUUAAUUUCAUUACAACAAUGGAAUUGGCGUAAAAAUUCGUCGAAAUUUUUGAAUAAAGAUGAAAUUUUGGAGGAUGAAGAAACGGACGAUACUGCUUCUUCAGAACAUAAAUUAACAAAAUCCAUGGAAGAAGUCGAAGCAUCAGCGCCGAAAGCAUGCGAUCCUUGCGGUCAACGGAGGCAUUUGACAUCAGAUUUGCUUGUAAACACAAGCAAUAGAGAAGCGGAAAAUAUCUCUAACAAUGAUAGAGACCAAAAUAUUCAGUGCAUCAGAAUAUCCGAUAAUGAUGAUUGCGUGAAACAAGAACUUAGUCAGGAAUCUGGAAAAUAUUUCCAAAUCGCACGGACUACGAAACAUUCAGGAUUGGUUACGGAUAAAGAAUAUUUGGAUCCGUACUUCAUAUAUUCGAGAAAUGAUUCCAGUAAAGUAUUUAUGAAUAAUAGAGAUAAUUCAUGUGAUGCCAAGAAGUACCAAAACAAGCAGUGCAUUACUGUGUUAAAAAACCUUACAACUGGUAAUGAAAGAAGCAGAAAUCAAAAUCAACCUUUCGCCGAAUUACCGAAAGUGAAUUAUAUACGUGAAAAGGUUGAAACGAGUGCCAACAUGAUGUCAAUACAUCAUUCUAUUCAUGAAAAUAUAAAAAAGGCUGAUGAUAUUUUAAAUAUGGAUCCGGAAAAAGUCCAAAGCUUUCAUAAAGAGACUUGUAGCAUAUCACAACACCCUUACGUACUCAAAAUCAAUAAUGAUAAGACGAAUCACUCGAAAAAUACGUUUAUUUCUUCAGGAAAACUGUUGAGAAAUGUGGGAGGUAAUUUAACUUCAAAACGGGAUUCACAUAAAUCCACAGGAAAUUUAGCGUAUUCAAAAAAGCCUGGAUGGAAAAUUGAGGAAGCUAAGUUGAGAAAACAAUGUGUGCAACAUCGGUUAAAGCCUAUUACACAUUUGGUGCCAAUCAUCCGGAAGAACAGUCAGGAACCGAUGAUUUUGCCGCAGAAAAAAAUUGCAUUGAGGAGAUUUAUUGGCAAGGAACCGAACCAACAACACGCAUCAAAUAUUUUCAUGAAUCCAAUCUAUGUUGAUGCAGAAAGAAAUAUGACUGUAUUUAACGGAUACAGUCAACAACCAAAAGUCAUUGCACCACAGUGGGAAACUCCUCCUCCUCUAUAUGGUGAGAGGCAAAAUCUCAAUAUUGAUAUUUUGUACAAACAUUCCACCAUCGUUCCAUCUUAUUCACCUUAUUCAGGUAACAGAUAUCAAUCAAGAAAAGCAUUAAGACGAUUCAUUUAA